AUGACAGAAGCAGAUCCAGGUUUACCAACACAGGCAAUUUGGGAUAUUCCCUUUGAAAAUUUAGAAUUUCAUGAACGUAUUGGUAAGGGAAGUUUUGGUUCUGUAUUUAAAGGAAGUUAUUUAGGUUUAGAUGUAGCAAUUAAAAAAAUUGAAAAAGCAGAUGAUCCAGAAUAUCUUAAAUAUAUUGACAGAGAGGUUUCAAUGCUACAAUCACUUAGACAUCCAUUUAUUGUAAAUUUUUCAGGUAUUUGUGUUCACUCAACUGGGUUGUAUAUAGUAACAGAAUUUGUAUCAGGUGGUGACGUAAGACAAUUACUUAAACAAACCCCACCAAUUGGUUGGGAAAAAAGAGUUUCAAUUGCUGUUGACUUGGCAAAAGCAAUGGUAUUUUUACAUGCAAAGAAAAUUAUUCACAGAGAUUUAAAAUCAAAAAAUAUUUUGCUUGAUGAAUUCCAAAGAAUUCGUUUAUGUGAUUUUGGUUUCGCAAGAAUGAGUGAACAAACUAAAAAAUCAAGACAUAUGACUAUGUGUGGGACUGAAGGUUGGGUAGCUCCUGAAAUUUUAUUGGGUAUGAGUUAUGAUACAUCUUGUGAUGUAUUUUCUUAUGGUGUAGUAUUGGCAGAAUUAAUUACAGGAAGAAAACCAGGUGUAGAUUUAUGGGUAAGAUCACCAGAAACAUGUUUUGAUAUUAACCCAGAAGAAUUAAAAACAAAAGCAAUUGCAGGUUGUCCACAAGAAUUAAUUUCAAUUUGUAUUGAAUGUUGUCUUUAUGAACCAUUAACCAGACCAAAAUUUGAAGAGGUUGUUAACCAAUUAAAAGUAGUUCAAGCUCAAGUUAAGGCAGCAAACACUGCAUCUGCUGCCUCAUUACAAUCAUCCCCAUUCAUUCAAACACCAAUUUCUUCAAUGACACCAAUUAUUUCACCAGCAGCAAUUUCACCAGAUAUUACCACCAGUAUUCAACAAAUUAAUUUAAAUUCUUCAACAAAUGUAUUAACAACUUCAAAUAAUAAUAAUAAUGCUGCUCAAAAUGUAGCAACUCCUGUAACAACAACCACCACCACAACUAACCAACAACAACCAAAUAACAAUAUUGCAACUCCAUCAUCACCACCACCACAACAUGUAGCAUUGGCUCAUUCAAGAAGAAAUACAAUGUCACUCCACAGAAAAUCAACAGAAUUUCAACAACCACCAUCACUUUCAAGCUCAGAUGGUGGUUCCGCAGCAGCAGGUGCUAACGGUACUUAUAAUCCAUCCAAAGAUAGUAUUAGAGUAUCAGGAAAUAAAAAUAAUACUACCACCACUAAACCAAGUGAUUCAAUUUGGAAAAUUGCAGCAAAACCAAAGAAUAUGGGUUAUCAAACAUUAAAGAGAAAACAAUACAAUACCGAUAAGCAAACUGUUUUGUUGGAUCACAUUGCCAAGAUGAUAGAAAGAGCAACAUCAGAUUACUAUUAUGACACCUCCUACAUUCAAGAUUUCCUUUUAACCUAUCGUUGCUUUGUUCAGCCACAACAAGUUUUCGAAUUGCUCUUAACUCGUUAUAUUGCAAACUCUCCAGAUAAUUUUUCUUCAGACCUUAACAAUUGGAAGAAAGUCCAAAGAGUAAUCCAACUCCGUGUAAUUAUUUUCUUUAAACGUUGGAUCGACUAUUACCCACAAGAUUUCCUCGAGGAAAAUAUGGAAGAGAAUUUAUCUGAAUUUGACAAAAUCUCUGCUCAACAAAAUGCCAGUACCGCUCUUUUAAUGAACAAUACCAUUUCAACCAACGAAUCAUUACAAGAUCCAAAAUUAAUUACCGAAUUACAAAAGAAACGAACAGAACUUCAUGAAUCAUUAAAUAAUAGUUCAGAUGGCGCCUAUAGCAUAAAUACUGAAAAUAUCUUAAAUACAAUUCAAGGUAGUAAAAUAAAAUUAAAUUUAUCUGGCAAUUCAAUAAAUAAUAAUAAUAAUAGUAAUAACAAUAGCGAUGAACAAAAUGGUAAUAACUGUAAUUAUCAAUAUCCAGUUAGUAUAAUACCACCACCAACAAUUAGUGAAUAUUUAGAAGUAACUGAUAUACACCCAUUAGAACUAGCUCGUCAAAUUACAAUUAUCAACUCUAUUCAUUUCAAUCGUAUAAAAGGUAGAGAGUUUUUAGAAUAUAUUUGGGAAAAAUGUAGAGAUGAACAAUCACCUUAUGUUGGUUCUUCAUUUGUCGAUAUUAUACCAGCUGAAAACAUUCAUUCCUUUGUAAAGAAAUGUAACGAUCUUUCAAGAUAUGUUUCAACCGAGGUACUCAAGAACACUCAAUUACAAAAAAGAGUUGCAACCAUUGAACGUUUCAUCGAAACUGCCGAUAAGCUAUUGUCUCAUUAUGACUAUGCUGGUGUAUUUAGUAUCAUUGAACCCCUUUGCGACAGCUCCAUCGAACGUCUUUCUGAAACUUGGAAGAAUGUUUCACCAAAAAUCUUAUCCCUCUUUGAACAAUUAAAAUCACUUUGUUCAAAAGAAAAUGACCAUAAAAAAUAUAGAGAAGCUUUACUCGAUACCAAACCACCUAGUAUUCCAAAUAUUCAAUUACUCUUGGAUGAAUUAUCUUUUAUCGAAACUAGUUCACCACGUUUAUUACCAGGUGGAAUCGUCAACUUUUUCCAUUACCGUCAAAUAUCAAGAAAAAUUUUACAAUCCCAACAACUUCAAAAACACAUUUUCAGAUCAUUACCAUCAAUUCAAAAAGCACUUUCAAAACCACCUGGUGAAUUAUUUGAUAAUGAAUUAAUUAAAAAUUAUUCAUUAAAAUGCGAACCACCAACUUUUUAA